CCCAACAUCCGGGACAUUUGAAGCCGCUAGUGUGUGUAGAAACUGGGUGAGGAGGGCAGUGGAGAGCGGUGGAAAGGCGGACUGAUGACAGCUGUCAGUGUGGACAAAAACACUACUAAUCUCUGACGAGAAGCCGAAUGGCUCGCCCCUAAACCUCCAGGAGAAAAGGGACAACUCCUUGGCAGUAUCGCGGGUUAUUUAAAGGUGUCGCGAAGGUGAAAACACACAGUUCUGUGUAUCUUCUGGACUUACACAUCAUUGCUGGAGCUACAGUUGCAGGCAACAUGGGGACACAAGGCUCUGGUAGAAAGCGUGCUCCACUAAAAGACCGCUUCUCAGCAGAAGAUGAAGCCUUGAGUAGCAUAGCCCGGGAGGCGGAGGCGAGGCUUGCAGCGAAGCGGGCGGCUCGGGCCGAGGCCAGGGAUAUUCGAAUGAGGGAACUUGAACGGCAGCAAAAAGAGCGUUCUUACCACACGUCAUCCAGCAGUAGCAACAAAAAAUGGGGUCAGAUCCACCAGUGGAUGGCUGACUCAGACAAAGCCAGAGGCUCUAGUAGUAGUAUAUCCAGCAGCAGUCAUCGCCGGGGGCUGGAUGAUGAUGUCAUGUCGGUCCGCAGCUACAGGUCAACCUCAUCAUCAGUGCGGGACGUUGGGUCUAAGAGUCGAUCCAGUUCCCUUAGAAGAGAUCCGUUGUCUGAUGCCCUCUCCACUAGCUCCGCCCUCAAGACUUCCCGCUCCACUAGUUCUGUGUACAAUGACCUGCACGGCCAUAAAAGGUCUUCAUCCAGCUCCUCGAGGAAGGACCUCCUGGCUGGACUUUACCAUGAUCAAAGGAACUACACCAGCCUCACGAAGACCAAACCAACGCCUCCUUCCUCCACCUCCACUUCCACCUAUACUCCUCGGGCCACCACUUCCUCCUCCUCCUCCACCACUGGCACGGCGCUGCCUCGUAGCUACAGCAUGGCCUCUAUUGGCGACGACGCCGGCCUUUACGGCUCGGGGCAAAGUUCAAGAGCCCCCUCUGAAUUGAGCUGGUACUCCUCUGGAGCCGGCUCCACCCGCAGCAGCCCUGCGUCUUCUUCAGAUGAUGACACUGUCAGCAGCGUGUCCCAGGAGCGCGUCAACCGAGGCCGCAGGGACAGUGUGUCGUCUGACUUCUCCGACAUUAGUGAGUCGGCUGCUGAUUAUUUCAGCCGCACCAACCGAAGAGGCAGUAUUGUGUCUGACCUCGAUGAUUUGAGCAUUCCAGAUCUUGACAGUCUGGAUGAAAAAUGUGACAAGCAGUAUUCAGAUUUUAGUCGGCCAUCUUCCCGAUGCGCCACCCCAGGCCUCUCAGUGGCCGCGUUGGCGUCGCUGGGCGGCUCGUCGUCACGGCGGGGCAGCACAGACACGGGGAGCAUCUAUGACGCCGACACCAGUCUGAGUGAACUUAGGGAGUCACUUGCAGAGGUGGAGGAGAAGUAUAAGAAAGCCAUGGUAUCCAACGCACAGCUGGACAACGACAAAGGCAACUUCAUCUACCAGGUGGACACACUAAAGGACGUCAUCGAGGAGAUGGAGGAGCAAAUGUCCGAGAUGAAGAGGGAGCUGGAAGACAAGUCAAAGGACCUAGAAAGACAAAAGCACACGUGUACAGUCCUGCAGCAUAAACAAGACGAGCUGAAAGAGGGAAUCCGCCAGAGAGAUGAGCUUAUAGAGGAGAGCCAGCGAAUGCAGACUAAGUUAGACGCCCUCACCAGAGAGGUGUUUGACCUGCAGGAAACCAUAAACUGGAAGGACAAAAAGAUCGGGGCCCUAGAGAGGCAGAAAGAGUACUUUGAUUGCAUUAGGAGUGAGAGAGACGAGCUCAGAGAUGAGCUUUCUGACAUCAAGGGGAAGGCCAAAGCAGGAGAGAAACACGGGCUGGUCAUCAUCUCCGACGGAACACCCAAUGGAGAUGUGAACCACGAGCCUCUGUCCUCGGGGAUCACGGUGGUCUCCCAGGAGGCCGCGCAGGUGCUGGAGUCUGCCGGGGAGGGUCCUUUGGAUGUCAGGCUACGUAAGUUGGCGGAGGAGAAAGAUGAACUGUUGGCUCAGAUCAGGAAGCUGAAGAACCAGCUGGAGGAGGAGAGGCAGAAGCACUCAAAGAUGGACAGCGCAUACACAGACGGAGAGAGGAUGGAGAACGGUACAGACCUGCACAUCAUCGAGAUGCAGAGAGAUUCCAACAGACAGAUGAGUGAAUACAAAUUCAAGCUUUCUAAAGCAGAACAGGAAUUAGGAACAAUGGAACAAAAUAUCAACAGACUUGAAGGGCAAGUGUCCAGGUACAAGGCAUCAGCAGAUAGUUCAGAGAAAGUAGAAGACGAACUAAAAACAGAAAAACGGCGACUUCAACGAGAGCUGCGCAUGGCUCUGGAUAAGAACGAGGAGAUGGAGAUGACCAACAACCACCUAGUGAAGCGCCUGGAGAAGAUGAAGGCCAACAGGAACGCCCUCCUGUCGCAGCAGUGAGGCAAGGCAGCGUCACCACAGAAGCCCUUAAACUCGCACCUCAGACCUCUGACUGCCAUAUUGUGUCUGGAGCACAUUUCCAUUUUUAUCUGUAACACUUUUGAGAUUUGUAGCUAACCAAAAACACUUUAAAAACGAAAAACAAGGUGUAGCACAGGCGACAAACGGAACUGUGUCCUCUCUUUUUUUUGUUUAAACGGAAGCGUUGGUUUUGCCUGGCAGGCCGCCGCUGCUUUGGGAGGAAUGACUCAGAAACUAAUAAAACUAUUAAGUUGCUGGGAGAUACAUCUGAGGAAAUCUCUAAUCACUACUUAAUCUUCAGAGCUAUGUACUGCAUCUUGUUAUCCACAGAUCUUCACUCUCUGGCUGGGUGCUUGGCUGUACUCUUUGUUUGUUUUUUGAUAAGUUGCAUGAAUGAAUAUUAUGAUGCUUUUUAAACUUUUCAACUCUCACGGCUGCUCCGCCCCGCCGCACCUUCCCGGCUUCCCCUCACAGUGAAGUGCCUUUUCACACUCGGAGAUCUGGGGUCCGCACGGCUCCACGGAAAAAACAAUAAUCGUUUUAACAGGUACAGAAUGAUGUAUUUAAAAAAAGGUGCAGUCAUUAUUUGAAAUGUAUGUAGAACCAACUGUGUCUGCUGCGGUUUCAUUGAACAUUUUCAAAUAUUUAAAAGAUUUCUUGAGAAUAAAUGUAAUUUACAGA